AUGCUCGCCGCCACGACCGUCGCCGCCGAGCCCCUCCGCGUCACCGCGCGCCCGCGCGUCGCCGCGCGCGCGGCGGCUCGCGCGCCCGCGACGACCGCGCUCUUCACCAAGACGAAGCCGCCGCCCGCGACGACGAAGAAGGCCAAGCCGCUCGGCAAGAAGAACGCGAACGAUCGCGGGGGCGCGAAGAAAAAAAUGUCGCAGGGCGAGAGCAUGAAGGAGAUGUCGUCGAUCGUCGCGCAGGCGUUCGCGCUCGGCCUCGGCGUCCCCGUCGGCGUCGUCGCGCUCACGGAGGCGUCGAAGCAGCUCACCGCGGGCGCCGACGGCGCGGUCGCCUCCGGGGACCCCGGACUGUACUCGUUCAUCGCCGCGUCCGUCGGGUUCGCGGGAUGGUGGGGGGCCAAGUCGGCGGCGAGGGACGAGCUGAAGCGAUCGCUGCUCGCGAAGGGGCUGGACGUGAGCACCGUGGACAACAUCUCGGUGCUGAAGUGGGUCAAGUCGCAGGACGACAUCGGCAAGGGGAAGCGCGCGAUCGACGAGAUUUACAAAGCGUACGAGACGGAGGCGAACCCGUGGUCGCCGUUCUUCAAGCCCGUCGGCGCGGUGCCGGACCGAAAGAAGAGGUGA